UCGAUAAUAGCGAAGAAUUUUAUUCUAGUACUAGCAGUCGUACCUGGAUAAGGCAGUACUACUACAUAGCAGCCUCACUUUCCAGAAAAUGAGAUUAAGUUUCUUCUCGGCUUCUCUAUAUUCCAGCUUCAUCACCCAUACUGCCACAACAAACCCACAAGAAGAAGCAGAGCAAUUGCAAAACAAACUAAAGACCAACUCUGCAGCUAGCGGCAAUGGCCACUAAGAUCUACAUCGUGUACUAUUCGACAUGGGGACACGUUGCGACGCUGGCGGAAGAGAUAAAGAAGGGCGCCGAGUCCGUCCCUGGCGUCGAGGUCACCAUCUGGCUGGUGCCCGAGACGCUGCCAGAGGAUGUGCUGGGGAAGAUGCACGCGGCGCCUUGGCGUGAGGAUCAUUCCGUCAUCACAGCGAGGCAGCUGGCUGAGGCCGAUGGCAUCCUGUUCGGCUUCCCGACAAGGUUCGGCAUGAUGGCCGCGCAGAUGAAGGCCUUUUUUGACUCCACCGGCGGCCUCUGGCAGGAGCAGUCCCUCGCCGGCAAGCCAGCAGGCGUCUUCUUCACCACAGGCACCCAGGGAGGAGGCCAGGAGACCACUGCUCUCACGGCCGUGACGCAGCUCACGCACCACGGCAUGCUGUUCGUGCCUGUCGGAUACACGCACGGCGCCGGCAUGUUCGCCAUGGACGAGGUCAAGGGCGGCAGUCCAUACGGAGCUGGCACCUUCGCCGGUGCCGAUGGCAGCAGGGUACCCAGCGACGCCGAGCUGGCCUUGGCGGCGCACCAGGGGAAGUACUUCGCUGGCAUCGCCAAGAAGUUCAAAGCCGUCUGAAGUCUGAUCACCAGGCACAUGAUAAUGCAUGCGAUCUUGACUGCAAUAUGAUUUUACACAGCCAUGAAACAAUUUAAGCUGUAAUGAUUUGAUUUCUUGAUUGGAAAUAAUAAUAACGUGAGAACCUAUUCUGUGUGCACACACUCUAGCGGAUCCAUAAUAGCAAUUGGUGAUAUCGAUGUUUUGUUGCCAAGCUUGGUGGACUAUAUAUAAAGAGCAU